AUGAGGUACUCGCCGUUAGUAGCCGUGGUCGUGACGGUCUUCUCGGCCGAAGCGACAAUCUUGGCGGGAUUGGAUUCACUGGAUUUGGAGGUGAACGGAACGGCCAGCGCAGCAGCGCCACUGAACGACGUGUGGAAGGGCACGGAACGGGAGAAGGUGUUGUCGAGAAGGAAACGCUUCGUCGUGUUUCCGGAAGGGUCAAGCUUUUCGGUUGCGGUCUGCAUGACGAUCGGUAUAUACGGUAACCCGAACUAUCAGAUGGUGAGUUGGGCCCUGAACUGGGGCAUCGCGUACAACUUGCCCAACCAGACAAUUAGCUUCGUGCAGGAAAUGGCCGAGCCGAAGCCGAUGGUCCAGCGACGAAAUCGUCGCGAUCUCUACCAGAAGCUGGAGGUGAUCAUGAACAAUAUGGGCUACGAUGGCCGGGAUUGCAUUUUGAGGGCACUGUGCGAGAGCUCGCAGUACUUUGGGCGAAAGGGCAAUAAUAUGAUUGCCGAAAUGCUGCGCACGCUGUUCAGCUAUCCAAAGUCGAAGGUGCUUUCGCACGAGCACAGUGACCAUAAGCUGUACGACGAGGCGCACCGGAAGGGUAAAAACAUGGGCGCCUGUCAGUCUCUGUACGCCAACUGUCGGUUCUCGUUGCUUGAGCUCGCCCUCGGAAAGUAUUCGACACCGUACGGGUUUAUGUGA